CCGGAAGUGAUUUCCAGCUGUCAAACAGAUUCUGGUAAAUCAGUUUCAGCCCACAGAGGAACGGAAAAUAUUUACUGAAGUAACUCCAACAUGGACUCUCCUCGCUGGUUGCCCUUGGAGUCAAAUCCAGAAGUCAUGAACAAGUUUGUCAAUUGCUUGGGUAUGAAACCAACCUGGCAAUUUGGAGAUGUGUAUGGAUUGGAUCCGGAGCUUCUCAGCAUCGUACCAAGACCAGUGUGCGCAGUGCUGCUUCUCUUCCCCGUGACUGAGAAGUAUGAGGCAUUCAAGCAAGAAGAGGAAGAGAAACUGAAGCAUCAGCCACAGGAGCUUUCUCCUGAUGUCUUCUUCAUUAAGCAAACUAUUGGAAACGCCUGUGGAACAAUAGGGUUAAUUCAUGCAGUGGCAAACAACCAGCCUCACCUGGAAUUUGAGUCCAACUCAGCUCUUAAGAAGUUUAUUGAACAAACUACGAAGAUGAAUCCAGAGGAGAAGGCUGCAUUUCUAGAAAAAGAUGAGAGUAUACGUGUCACACAUGAGUCCAGUGCACAGGAGGGACAGACUGAGGCCCCAAGUUUAGACGAGAAAGUGAACCUGCAUUUUAUAGCUUUUGUGAAUGUCGGAGGACAUUUAUAUGAACUGGAUGGCCGUAAGCCUUUCCCAAUCGUCCACACGAAGACUUCGGAGGAUACUUUCCUCGAGGAUGCUGUAGAGGUUUGUAAGAUCUUCAUGGCUCGUGACCCUCAGGAGGUUCGUUUCACCAUCAUUGCCCUCUCCAAAGAUUCAUACUGAUGAAACUCCCUCGUGACCCCAGAAAACAAAGGAAGCAUGACUGCCAAAUAUUCUCAAGUGCUGACUUAAUUGGAAAUUUCUUCUUUUUUUUUCUAAAUGCUUUAGCAAGUGAUUUGUGGAAAAAAAUGUGAUGUCAGGGAAAUCAUUCAGAGGAGCAUUGUUGUUGUUCUUCGCUUGUUUUGGUCGGAGGAAUUUGGGUGCUGCUUUGUGGCUAAAAAAAGUAUCUAGUUACGAUCAAAAUCUUCCAGUUUCUCACUGCUAAGACAUCAUCACGGUUAUACAGAUGUCAGCUGUAUAACAGUGACAUUGCACUACAGUUUGUUUAAAUGGCUUAUUUGGCUUUCAGUUAAAAGUAUUUUCCACGUCACUGAGGGAUCUUCAGAUUUGUUUUUGAUCACGUCUAACCACUUGGUCAAAACCUGCUGAAGACACAUGUUUUGCAAAGCUUUCAUUGGAGUUAUGGCUUACAAGAAACAGACAGGCUUAAUGCUGUUGUAUGCAGUAAUGGGGUUAUAAAAAGCUCAUCAAAAAUUAAAGGUCUCCUUUAAGUGAGGCUCACUGAAACAUGAAGACUGUACAUCUGCUGGAAGGUGCCUACAUUUUUGUAAUGAGAAUCAAAUUCUGACAAAUAAAAGGCAAAUUUGAUAAAAUCGCA